AUGAACAAGUUUCGUACUGCCAAAUGGUUAAAGACGCACAAUUUUGCACCACAGGUGUAUAUAUAUCGUAAUUUGGAGCUCGGAUCGACUGUGUAUACACAGGUGCCCACGAUAUCGCAGUACAAUAUUGGUAAAUGCUUCCCCAGAACGAGCUGGAACAAUCCGUUGCCGUCGAAGAGAAGGGAUCUGUGGAAGUUGAUGUGUUUGGUGAAUUGUAACGACUACGAUAGAGUGGUUAAACUGUACCAAAACUUGGUGAGAUUAAGGUAUUUGAGAGACGUGAUGUCUAAACGAGGUAAUGUGUGGUACAGUGGUCUGUAUCGUCCUAUAUAUGCACAAGAGACUGUGGCAGACCUGAGAGAGUCCAUUUUAAACUUGGAAGAGUGUGCGCUGAAGGAUACUGAUGAUGAAAUGAGUAUUUAUUGGGGAGAUAACUGGAGAAUGGGAGAGAAAGAGACCUGGUGGGACUGUUUACCACAGGUAAAACACAAUUUCAUCCCUAAGAACUGCAACAAUUCCAGAGAAGAGAGUAAUUUGAUUAAAGAAAUUAGUGAAUACACUCUUAAAAGCUUAGUAAAUAAAAAAAAGCUCAUGUAUAUAUAUAUAUAUAUAGUUAAAUAUCUUCAUUUAAUAAUUUAUUCAAUUUUUGAAUCUUUGACGCUACACUUAGAUCCACUGUUUUCUCGUCGAUUUCCAGCACCAACCCUCCCUUAA